AGAAAAAUCAGUCUUAAAAUAUGUUAAAGUAUCUAUUUAACCCAACAAUACAAGAAUAUAGAUAUUUUUUAAAAAUAGAAAUCAAUUUAUAAAUGUUUCCGUUAUGGAAAUGUGACCGAGUGAUGGUCAGAGAAUAUGGCAAUGGUAACGUGACAUAGGAUAGUCGUCCCGUUUCCUACGUUAUUCAAACGACUCUCGCCAUCGACUGGAUCGGGGAUACGUCCAGUCGACCUCAAUCUACCGGUAACAUGCCCAACAGCACCCAGCUGUAUAUUGCAAUUGCAUUUUCCGGGUGAUACAAACAACCUGCCUACACUCAACAAUCGAACGAAUGAAUACUGAACUUUGAAUAUCCAACCCCCUAAGAUACCAUGACGCUUCUACACUUCAGGUAUAUUCAAAGCUGCAUAUUAAUAAAUUGGUGUUUCGCUAUAUCCGGUGAGUUUCGAUUAGACAACACUCGUUGGAAUUCGAGGCAUUCGAACAAAAGUCGAACUGUGGGAAUUUCUCAUGAAAAAUACAACGCACCAGAAUUCAAGUUACCAUUUUCACGCAUUCCGAUGCCUAGAAUCAAAACGAAUGAUAUGAGAAGAUAUGUUCAAGAAGCUGAACAAAUUGUUCAUCAAAGAAUAGAAGUUACCGAGUCUAAGAUAUUCAAAAAUGGAGUUCUCCAGCUUCCAGGAACUCCAGCGUGGUUCGCUGCUGCAUCGGCAAAAACAAAAGUAAUUGCUAAAAAUUAUUCUAAUGUAGCUCUUUUGUCCGAAGAAACAACUAAACUCAUAGUACAAAAAUACAGAUUAAGUCGAGAUCAGAUUACACAUGGCAUUCCAACGAUGGAUAUAAGAGGUACUCUGUUAUAUACAAAGUGUCCAAUAACUGUAGAUUUUCCAUGUCAACCAGGAAAAUAUCGGUCGUAUAGCGGACACUGCAACAACGUUCAAAAUCCACUUUGGGGAAACGCUAAUACCAGAUAUCUCAGAUAUCUUCCACCCAAUUAUGCCGACGCUAUCAGUGUACCGAGACAAUCAAUUACUGGUGAUUAUCUUCCGAGUGCGAGGAAAAUUAGUUUAGAAGUACAUACAGAAUCAGACAGAUCUCAUCCGCAUGUUACUGCUAUAUUGACAAUAUUUGGAGAAUUCGUAUAUCAUGAUAUAUCACAUACUUCUCAAAGUGCAGGUUAUGGAGGACAUAGAAUAAAAUGCUGCCAAGUGCAAUUGGAAUAUUUUCAUCCGGAAUGUUAUCCUAUUCCAAUUCCUGUAAUUGAUUCUAAAACGGGAAGUACAAAACAUGAAUGCAUGGAUUAUGUCAGAUCCAGUCCGGUACCAAGAACUGGGUGCACUUUAGGUCCAAGAGAACAGAUCAAUCAGGUUACUUCUUAUUUAGACGGUUCAGUUAUUUAUGGUUCUUCCCAAAGAGAAUCCAGAUUUCUGAGAACUUUCGAUAGAGGAAAAUUGAGGACUCAAAAGUCGUCAUUAGGAAGUGAAUUACUUCCACCAGAAGAAGAUUAUUUUGACUGUAUGAAUAAUGAAAGGCAAAAAUGCUUUGUAUCAGGCGAUGUAAGAGUAAAUGAAAAUGUAGGACUUAUGGUAAUGCAUACUAUUUGGAUGAGGGAACACAAUCGUAUUGCUCAUAAUCUUGCUGAUUUAAAUCCUCAUUGGAAUGACGAUCAUUUAUUCGAAGAAUCGAGGAGAAUUGUUGGAGCGGAAAUACAACACAUCACAUAUAACGAAUUACUUCCUUCGAUUUUAGGAAUUGAAACAAUGAAAGAAUAUGAUUUAGAAGUUCUUAAUUCAGGCUAUUAUUUAGAUUAUGAUAUUAAUAUCGAAGCAGGAGUAGCUAAUUCGGUAGCUACGGCCGUCUUACCUUUCUUGUUAUCCAUGAUGCCAUCAAAAUUUGAUCUUUAUACAACUGAAUAUAAAAAAGUCGGAUCUACACCUAUGAGAAAGACUUAUUAUCAACCUACGGAUAUGUACAAUAUAAAUAGAGUUACUGAAUACAUGUUGGGUUUAAUUAGUCAGAAUGCUCAAAAUAUGGAUGAAUUUAUUUCUGAUGAAAUGACAAAUAAUAUAUUUUUUGAUUCUAAAUCUGGUUUUGGUUUGGAUAUGGUUGCAAUGACCAUUCAACAAGGGAGAGAUCACGGAAUACCAGGCUAUUUAGAAUGGAGAAGGUUUUGCAAUUUAAAACCUCACAUUACCAAUAUGAACGAUCUUCGUAGUGUUAUGUCCAAUAAAACUGUACUAAGACUUGCUCAAAUUUACAACAAUGUAGCUGAUAUAGACUUAUAUACUGGCGGACUUGCGGAAAUUCCUUUAAGAGGAGCAAUGGUUGGACCAACGUUUUCUUGUCUUCUCGGUCGCCAAUUUCAUGCUCUGAGAAGAGGCGAUAGAUUUUGGUAUGAGAAUGAUAUUCCACCAUCUUCGUUCAGUAGAGAACAAUUAGCUGAAUUGAGGAAAGUAACAUUAGCUAGAAUAUUAUGCGAUAAUGGAGAUACAAAACUAGGAUUUAUACAACCUUCGACAAUGUAUUUGACAGAUAAUUUCUUGAAUGCUUUCCAAACAUGCAACUCUGAAGACAUACCUUCUGUAGAUCUAACAAAAUGGAAAUCUUCUUCUCCACCAUUUAUGGUAUCAAACACAUUAUUAAAGACCUCUUUAGUAUCAGCAGUAAGACUCAUGAAUGACUUAAAAGUAGCAGAAUCGGAAACUUUUGCUAAUCACAUUGGAAUAGCAGAAGCAAAAAGUCCUCAAGUAAUGCAUUGGGGAUUUUUAAGACCAAAGCGCCAAACUCGACUUAUAUCUAAUCAUUCAUUGAUUCUGGAACUCGCUUCUAAAGGAUUUAUGAAAGUUUUUAAAGAUCAGUCAAUUCAAAGAGACAAAGAAGAACAACGAGGACUAUCAAACGAUAUCAACAAAUUAGUAUCAGAAUUACCUAGCAUCGACGUUACCGAAUUGAUAGACAUACCUCGUGUUUUUGAAUGCGACGAACAAACUCUACCUUGCGAUCACACUACAAAGUUUCGUACCAUAACGGGAUGGUGCAAUAAUCUCAGACAUCCCGAAUUUGGAAAGAGUACGAAAAUAUUUCGUCGACUGUUGCCACCAUUGUACGAUGACGGUAUUAGCUCACCACGAACACGAGGAAAAUCAGGUUCGUUGCUACCUUCUCCUCGAUAUAUCUCUACUAAUGUUCACUACGAUAUCAGCGCACCGCAUCUUCGUUAUUCAUUAAUGUUGAUGCAAUGGGGACAGUUUUUAGAUCACGACUUGACUUUCACUCCAAUGAAUGAAGGUAUAGGUGGAGUAGUACUUAAUUGCAAGGAUUGCAAUUCCUCUAAAAAAGUACAUCCCGAAUGUUGGCCAAUUCCAGUACCAAAAAAUGAUCCAUAUUAUCCUGCUGUGGACAACAAAACGGGCGAGCCAACAUGUAUAUCCUUUGCAAGAUCAUUAUCUGGACAACUUACCUUAGGCAGAAGAGAACAAAUGAAUCAAGUCACCUCUUUUUUGGAUGCAUCUAAUAUUUAUGGAUCUGAAAUUUGCGAAGCCAAAAUGUUAAGAUCGUUUAUUGAAGGUCGACUCAACGUAACUCGCCAUCCUAAGGGAAAGAAAGAUUUCCUUCCUCAAACGGCCACUCACCCGGAAUGUAGAUCUCCUUCAGGAGUGUGUUUCGAAGGAGGUGAUUUAAGAGCGAGCGAACAACCAGCAUUAACAUCGAUGCAUACAAUAUUUUUGAGAGAACAUAAUAGGAUAGUAAAGGCAUUAGCAAGAGUGAAUAUUCAUUGGGAUGAUGAACAAUUAUACCAAAAUGGAAGACGGAUCCUAUCAGCAGUAUUACAACACAUCACAUAUAACGAAUUUCUACCAAGACUUUUAGGUAGAAAAGCUGUCAAAAAAUAUGAUUUAGAAUUAAUAAAUGAUGGAUAUUAUGACGGUUACGAUCCCGAAUGUGAUGCAACAAUUCACAACGAAUUUUCAUCAGCUGCAUUUCGACUGGGUCAUACCUUAUUAAGACCAAUGUUUGAAAGAGUAGAAAAAGGCUACUUGACCAUGACAACUCCGAUCCGUUUGCGCUCUGCAUUUUUCAAUCCAGAUAUAUUAUAUGAAGAUGACACUAUAGAUAAUAUUCUAAGAGGAUUAUUAACAUCCAGUAUCGAAACGUUCGAUAACGCUAUCACAGAAGAAGUAACUAAUCAUUUGUUUGAAGAUAACAAAGUUCCAUUCUCAGGAAUGGAUCUAGCAUCCUUAAAUCUUCAACGUGGUAGAGAUCACGGAGUUCCACCUUAUGUACAUUACAGGCGUGUCUGCAAUAUGUCCACAGUCGGAAACUUUGAUGAUUUGGUGGAUAAUAUUCCCAUUCAUAUAAUAAAUAGAUUGAAGCAUGUUUAUGAGAAUGUAGAAGAUAUAGAUCUCUUUACUGGUGGUUUAGUAGAAACUCCUUUACACGGCGGUUUAGUUGGACCAACUUUAGGUUGCAUUAUUGGUUUACAAUUUCAUCGUUUAAGAAAAUGCGAUAGAUUCUGGUAUGAAACAUCCAACUCCCUAGUGAGAUUUACUGAAGAACAAUUAACAGAAAUACGAAAAAUAAGAUUAUCGAAGAUUGUUUGCGAAAAUUCAGACAAUAUAGACUUCGUACAAAGAAAUGCUUUGGAUCUACAUGAUAAUUUCCUCAAUCCCCGAAUACCAUGCGAAAUGCUUCCAUCGAUUGAUCUUUUAAAAUGGAAAGAAAGUGUUUCGUGUAACGUAGGAAAUGUGGAAAUUGAAAUUGGAAAAGCUGGAAGAGUGUCGCCGUGCAUUAUGUGUACUUGUAGCAAAGAAGGUCCAUUAUGCCAAUCAUUAAAAGUGACUAACUGUUACAAGUUAGCAAGUACCUAUUCUAAAGAAGCAAUUCUAGCAGACAACGUGUGCAAAGUACAAUGUACUUAUGCCUUUCGAGCAUUUCCUCACAUAAAUGUAUCCGGUGUCUUGGGUUUCAGCGAGAAUAACGACGAAGAAUCAUAACAAUUUCAUUAUUAAACUUAGUCGUAAAAAAAUAUUAUGAAAAACUAUUAACAGAAAAAUUCAUAAAAAAACGAAACAAAAAUGAGGAUUUUAUACUCAAAUACAUUAUCGCCCACUAAUGCUUUUAUACGAAUUAAAUUUGUGAGAUCAUAAAAUCCAGAAACUUCAUGUAAAUAAAAAUCAUAAAUUCCAUAAAAUAAAAAUGUGUCUGUUUCUUUAUUUUUAAGAUAUUAUAGUUUUGUUGGAAAUUUUUCAUUUUCCUCUCUUCAUUACAUUCAGGAUCAUUCACUAGGGACUGAACACUUGAAAUGUCUGCGCAUAAAAUGAAAAGAUGAGCAUGAAAUACAAACAGAACAAUUCUUUAUCUCAUGACGAAGCAAGUCGAUCAAGGUACGAUUUACAUUACACGUUAUUCAAAUGUGGCUGUGGAAUCAUGAGGUAUUCAACAGUCCCGAGCGAAUCGUCCUGUAGAAAACUUCCAAUAAAAGAUUAAUAGCAAGAGUUUUUGUUUACAUAGAAUAUUCAAGUCUUUCUUAAUAUUCAUUUAGAGAAUUGUCAAAUUUAUGCUAAUCUGGUAUCUGAGAGAUGUCAGAUGUUUCAUUGUAGUAUAGAACACCGGAAUUCGAAUCUGGCGACUGAUUAUUUACAUCAAAUUCGCUCCUGCUGGGCAAAGCUAAGGCCACCUUACAGUAAACAGUGUUUCACGGAAUAAAUUUAAAUUCUAUGCAUUUAUAAUUAGUCUAUCUCUUAAAUUUUGAAAUUAAAGUCUUUUAUUUUAUCACAUGCUUAUGAGGAGAUCUAAUUAGUGUAUGUUAAAUAUCAUUCAAUAUCGACACUAAAAAUAAUUUAAAAUAUCGUAUUGAACAUUGUUAUCAAGUUAAAGCUCUCAAAUCUACUUUUCUUGUUUGAAAUCAUGCCUAUUUAAUUUCCCUAAAGUGCAUAUAUUUAUGAAUUCACGUAUUAGAUUUUCAUAUUCGGUGUAAAUUUAAAUUUUUCUUUGAAUAAACAGAAUUUUAUUUA